AUGGUUGAUUGUAUUCUUCUCAAAGCUCUUCUCCACGUCCUGCCAAUGAACAAUGGGUUCGACUGGGUAGAGCUUGCGAAGGGGCUUUUUCGCGGCAGCCUUACGGAAUUCCCAUCAGACUUCAAAGUGUUCAAGACUUUGACUCGAAGCGCGGAUCUUCUAUGCCUCGUCCAGGGUGGGCCGCUGCAGCCGGAUGCCAUCGAUCUUGUGCUGAGAUUGGCACAUGGCCAUGUGUUUAACAACGAUGAUGCAUACGCCAGCUGGAAAGUUAUGCCACACCUGUCGUUUUCUCCGGAGAAUGUGCGUCCGGAAACCAGGCAACUCGAGAACCUGGAGAAAGACAGCGUGUACUUUGUGCCUUGCCUUUUCGACGUCCCCAACACACGGGGCUAG